AUGUCGGGGUUGAAAGUUAACUAUCAUAAGAGUUGUCUUGUGGGAAUAAAUAUAUGCCAGUGUUGGCUACAAGAAGCUGCAAAUAUUCUAAAUUGUAAGAUUGGCUCCACUCCGUUUAAUUAUUUAGGUCUCCCUAUUGGAGUAAAUCAUAGAUCAAAGUUGUCGUGGCAGCCUGUGAUUGAGACGGUAAGAUCUCGACUUUCUAAUUGGAAACACGAGCAUCUAUCCUUUGGUGGUCGCGUGGUUAUUUUGAAAUCAGUUUUGACAGCUAUCCCAGUCUACUUCCUCUCGUUUUUCAAGGCUCCGGCAGAUCAGGCUUUGGAUGUAUGGAUGAGUGAGGUUGUUUUUGGUUAUAUUGAAGAGAGGUCUAAGUUCCCUGGUAGCAGCUCCAAAGCUAUUGGGUUUAACCAUGACCCAAUAUUGAUGCAGAGAAUCAUAAAUCUGUUGGACAUUACGUUGAUACCGAAUCAGAGGGAUACGAGCACUCCUGUUCGCGGUGGUGCGGCUGCUUGCGUGGGUGAUGCGGAAUGGAGGCGAGAUCGGUGCUGUCUCGAUUAA